CGGAACGUUCCGUAGUGAAAUCAUGUGCGUGUGGAUGCGCGCGCGAUGCAGUCGAUACUCCGAUCGUAACUCUAUACAAUGACAAUUGAGUUUUUAAUAAAAAUUAUACAAGUUUCAUAACAAAAACUGUGUCUUAUAUCGUGCUAAUAAUCGCCUCUAGUGUUCAUAAAUUGGUUCCCAUAACAUUAUUGUUCGAAUUUUGGAUUUUGAAGUGACGAAGGAUUGCGAAGAUGUCAUCUUUCAUUUCCGCUUCCGAUACUCAACCUGAAGUUAAAGAUCGAAUCUUAGAACGCGAUGCUGGAUUUGUAUCCGGUGGUGAAGACGACGACUCGUGUUCCGGUCCUGCACACUCUGACGACUCAGGAGUCAGACUCGUCGAGAGCGACACUCGGGUCAAAAGAGAAAGAACCCCCACCCGCAUUCAACCCCCUAAGAAACGGAUUCGUCUGAGUUCGCGGGAAGAUCUGCAAAGUCCUGAAAGCGACUCACCAGUCAGCCCUUUCAGGCCGUGGUCAUUUAUCGAAGAACCCCAACAAGAACCUUUGUCGUUAGUGAAGAAGACAAGCGAGACCAGUUUGUUGAGACAAAGGAGGAGGCCUGUAGAACCUGCGGUAGUCCCACCACCUCCUGUACCCGAGACUAGGCCAGGACCACCGCGAGUACCCCCACACCCUGGGGUAGUAGAAUCUUACCCUGAAAAACCUAAACCUAGAGAACAAAGGAAUUACAAGAACAUGACAAGAGAAAGGCGGAUAGAAGCUAAUGCCAGAGAAAGGACCAGGGUUCACACAAUAAGUGCAGCGUUCGACACAUUGAGAAGAUCCGUUCCAGCUUACAGCCAUAACCAGAAACUAUCGAAGUUGUCUGUUCUUCGGAUAGCAUGCGCGUACAUCGCAGCAUUAUCAGCAGCGAUAGAUCCCGAAGCGGAUUUAUCGACAGCAGUGGAAAGCGUUACACAAACAAUACACACAGAAGGGAAAUUAAGAAAAAAGAAAGACGAUCCGUGAAUAGGGUCGAAAUUGGACGUUGUGAUGUUCCAUAAUUAUUUGCUCGGUGCAUUUGACUUCGUUUCGAUCUGACAGCAGAAGGAGAGAAGUUCAUUAGACACGUGUUAUUCUCACCAUGAAAGGCAAUACCGUAUAUUUACGUACGUAUUAAGAUAUUGGUAUCAUACCAAUAUCUUAAUGGACAGA